UGUUGUGUGAGGAGAUCUCUCAGAGCAGCAGCCCCUGAUCAUGUGACUCCUCCUCCUCCAUGUGACUGAUCACAUGACGGUGACAUCAUCGCAGGUCCUGUAAGCACACGGCUCCUCUACAGAUACAGGUUCCUAUAAGGUGUCAGGACGUGGCGGUCUAUUUCUCCAUGGAGGAGUGGGAGUAUGUAGAAGGACACAAGGAUCAGUGUACAAGGAUCAGGUCAUGAUGGAGGAUCAGCAGCCCCUCACAUCAGCAGUCAGAUCCAGUAAGAGAACAGCACCAGAGAGGUGUCCCCGUCCUCUUCUUCCACAGGAUGAUCAGGGAGAAGAUCCAAACAAUAUUAAUGCUCCAGAGACAGAUUUGAGCGAUGAUGAGCAGUAUAAGGAGGAGAUUCCUACAGAGAAAGAUCUAAUCUAUAUUAUUGCUCCAGAGACAGAAGUGAGCGGUGAUGAGCAGUAUAAGGAGGACAUUCCUACAGAUAAAGAUAUGAUCUAUAUUAAUGCUACAGACAUAAAGGAAGAAGAAGAAACAGAUGUGAGCGGUGAUGAGCAGUAUAAAGAGGACAUUCCUACAGAGAAAGACAUGAUCUAUAUUAAUGCUACAGACAUAAAGGAAGAAGAAGAGACAGAUGUGAGCCGUGAUGAGCAGUAUAAGGAGGACAUUCCCACAGAGAAAGACCUGAUCUAUAUUAAUGCUACAGACAUAAAGGAAGAAGAAGAGACAGAUGUGAGCCGUGAUGAGCAGUAUAAGGAGGACAUUCCUACAGAGAAAGAUCUGAUCUAUAUUAAUGCUACAGACAUAAAGGAAGAAGAAGAAACAGAUGUGAGCGGUGAUGAGCAGUAUAAAGAGGACAUUCCUACAGAGAAAGACCUGAUCUAUAUUAAUGCUACAGACAUAAAGGAAGAAGAAGAGACAGAUGUGAGCCCUGAUGAGCAGUAUAAGGAGGACAUUCUCACAGAGAAAGACCUGAUCUAUAUUAAUGCUACAGACAUAAAGGAAGAAGAAGAGACAGAUAUGAGCGGCGAUGAGCAGUGUAAGGAGGACAUUCCUUCAGGUAACCACCCAGAUUCUUGUAGCAGGAGAUCAGAGGAGAAUCUUAUAUCUUCAGAUUAUAAAGCAGAUGAUGAUAUCACACAAGAUACAUAUGAAGAACAUUCCAUUAUCCCAGAUACACCCUCAGCCCUUCACAGCCAAGAUCUGUCAUCUCAUCCUUAUAUACAGGUCCUGUCUUCUCACUCAUCACAGGAUGUUCAGCAAAAUAAAGGUCACAGAAGGGGUGUUGGACAUCAACGAGCUCAUACAGGAAAGAAACCAUAUUCUUGCUCAGAAUGUGGGAAAUGUUUUACUGACAAAUCACAUCUUGUUCAACAUAAAAUAACUCACACAGGGGAGAAGCCAUUUUCAUGUUCAGAAUGUGGAAAAUGUUUUACUGAAAAAUCAAGUCUUGUUAAACAUCAAAGAACUCACACAGGGGAGAAGCCAUUUUCAUGUUCAGAAUGUGGAAAAUGUUUUACUGAAAAAUCAAGUCUUGUUCAACAUCAAAGAACUCACACAGGGGUGAAGCCAUUUUCAUGUUCACAAUGUGGGAACUGCUUUACUAAGAAAUCAAAUCUUGUUCAACAUAAAAGAACUCACACAGGGGAGAAGCCCUUUUCAUGCUCAGAAUGUGGGAAACGUUUUUCUUGCAAGUCAGAUGUUACGCGACAUCAAAGAACUCACACAGGGGAGAAACCAUUUUCAUGUUCAGAAUGUGGGAAAUGUUUUACUGAUAAAUCAAAUCUUGUUCAACAUAAAAGAACUCACACAGGGGAGAAGCUAUUUUCAUGCUCAGAAUGUGGGAAACGUUUUACUUGCAAAUCAGAUGUUACUCGACAUCAAAGAACUCACACAGGGGAUAAACCAUUUUCAUGUUCAGAAUGUGGGAAAUGCUUUCCUCAUCAUACAAGUCUUUAUAAGCAUAAAAUAACUCACACAGGAGAGAAGCCAUUUUCAUGUUCAGAAUGUGGGAAAUGCUUUCCUCAUCAUUCAAGUCUUUAUAGGCAUAAAAGCACUCACACAGGGGAGAAGCCAUUUUCAUGUGCAGAAUGUGGGAAAUGUUUUACUCAGAAAUCAAAUCUUCUUCAGCAUCAAAGAACUCACACUGGGGAGAAGCAAUUUUCAUGUUCAGAAUGUGGGAAAUGCUUUACUCAUCAUACAAGUCUUUAUAAGCAUAAAAGAACUCACACAGGGGAGAAGCCAAUUCAGAGAAAUAAAUGAUGCAGAUUUCACAUCUAUAUAUUCACCAUGUACAUAGGAUAUCUGACAUUUAUACAUAUAUCAUAUACUGCAUCUCCAAACUUGUUCCCAAUUGAUAAUAAAAGUUUUCUAUUAGAACGUAGUCACCGAUCCAGCGAUGUCAUCACUAUAGUUUACAUGGUAGGAGAAGAGUGUGGUAUAUGGUUGUGAUAUUCACUGCUCCUCAUAGAGAAGACCCAACAGGCAUAAUCCAUGGGGAGCUGCUACUGGAGACCCAAACACCUCACAGAGAAGGGACUUAUUCCAGUGAUGAAGAAUUCCAGGACGGUCCGGGCUUCACCUGCUGAGACCCUUUUAGAAAGGUUGUGUUAUCCCGAUCCUAGCUGAUCAUGUGGCGUCUGAUCACUGGACACCUCACUCUGUGCUCGGCUGUUUCUGCAGCUCCCAUAGUAAAUGUACCUCCUCCCUACCUGGGGACACUGGGGUCCCUGUUAUUGAGAUACUGGGGAUAGAUGACACAACCCCCUCUCCACCCCGUGAUGUACUUUUAUGUCCUGGGCGGGAUUACUUUCCCGACUGUCUUGGCAGUGUAACCCUAUGUAUGCCGCAGUCAGUACUGAUUGUGGCAUCUAUAGGGUUAAACUGUCUUGCUCCCCCAGUCAUGGCCUCCAGGUCUACCAGGCGCUGUUGCCUAUGAGGCCCGACCUCGGUAACACUGACAGUUAUACUGCGCUGUAGUACAGAUGUAUGGUGGUGUAGUAUAACAGCAAUUACACGAAAGCAGCUUCAGGUCCUAAAUAAAAACGUAUGGUCCCUGUCCCAAUAAAGCCGUAUAUUAUUACAAAAAAACUCCAAAACAUACA